ACCUAAAGCACGAGACUAGUAGACAUGCACAUGCCAUGGUUACGUCCCGUUUCCCAGUAUUUGUGAAUAAAUGAAGUUUGUUCCACUCAGUUUACCUGCAGCAAGAAGAGACAUAGAAAGCCUGCAUGAAUUUCUUCUUCAAUGCAAGAAGCUGUUUGUUUUGACAGGAGCUGGAAUUUCUACCCCUAGUGGCAUCCCAGACUACAGGUCUGAGGGGGUGGGCUUGUAUGCCCGCAGUAAGGACAGACCAGUCCAAUACCAGGACUUCCUCAAACAUGCACAUGUGCGGCAAAGAUACUGGGCACGAAACUUUGUUGGUUGGCCAAGGUUUUCCUCCUUCCUUCCCAACAGUGCUCAUCUUAAGUUAGCAGAGUGGGAACGAUGUGGCCUUGUCCACAGCCUGGUCACACAGAAUGUCGAUGCCCUGCACUACAAGGCAGGCAGUCACAAAGUGAUAGAGCUCCAUGGCAGCUCUCACCGUGUGGAGUGUUUGCAGUGUAAGAGAAUUGUGCCAAGAGUGGCCAUUCAGAGACAGAUUGAGAGAGACAAUCCUCACUGGCAUGCAGAGAUUGUGGGGAGCAUGGCUCCAGAUGGAGAUAUACAGUUGUCUCAGGAUCAGGUGAAAGAUUUCAAGGUUCCUGUAUGCAGUCAUUGUGAUGGAAUUUUGAAACCCCAGAUCAUCUUUUUUGGGGACAAUGUGCCAAAACCAAUCGUUGAAAAUAUUUAUUCAAGAUUGACAGAAAGUGACAGCAUUCUUGUACUAGGUUCUUCCUUACAGGUUUUCUCAGGAUACAGAUUUCUCAGGGCUGGCAAGGAACAAGGAAAGUCCAUAGCAAUAGUAAAUAUAGGUCCAACUAGAGCUGAUAACAUAGCAGAUGUAAAAGUUGAUGCAGAAUGUGUGGAAGUGCUGCAAGAAAUCACAUUAAAAGAUGUUGGGAUAUCAUAGAUUUUUUGAAUUUUAAAAUAAUAGUAUGACUUGAAAUAAGUCAUACUGAUAUAUACUUAUUGUAUAGAUAACUGGUAUAAAUGCAGCAGUAUAGAGAUUAUGUUUGUUGUUAGCCAGUACAUUAUUUUGUUAAAUGAAAGUGCAUGGACUCUUGCAGUGUACAAGUGAAAUGAAGUUUUAAUUUAUGAAGUUAUAAUUUAAAUUGUUAUGAAUAUAUCAUGAUUGUUUUGAAUUUGAAUA